AUGGCGUCUGCAGGUCUCCAAAUCUUCGGCAUCUUCCUGGCAACCAUUGGGUUUCUGGGAGACAUCAUCAUCUGUGCCCUGCCCAUGUGGAAGGUGUCAGCUUUCAUUGGGAACAACAUCGUGACAGCGCAGGUCUUCUGGGAGGGCCUGUGGAUGAACUGCGUGAAGCAGAGCACUGGCCAGAUGCAGUGCAAGGUCUACGACUCCAUGCUGGCUCUGCCACGAGACCUGCAGGCCGCCCGAGCCCUGGUUGUGAUCUCCAUCCUUGUUGCCCUCAUGGGAAUCCUGCUCUCUGUCGCAGGGGGAAAGUGCACCAACUGCCUUGACGACGAGGUGGCCAAGAGUAAGGUAGCAAUUGCUGCAGGGGUAUUCUGCAUCGUCGGUGGUAUCCUGUGCCUGAUCCCUGUGUCCUGGUCUGCCAAUGCGGUUAUCAGGAACUUCUACAACCCCAUUAUGGUCGACGCACAGAGGAGGGAGCUUGGUGCGUCGCUGUUCAUCGGCUGGGGCUCAGCAGGACUCAUGAUGAUUGGAGGUGCACUUCUCUGCUGUCAGUGUGAGCAGCGGAAGGACAGCAGAUACUCUGUCAAAUAUUCUGCCCCUCGCUCAGCAGCCAGUGGAGGAGCCUACGUUUGA